AUUUAUUUUGGCCCGUUUGAAGUCACCAACCAAGUCUUCCUCACCACAACGCAUUCCUUCGCGCUGGUGAACCUCAAACCGCUGCUCCCCGGGCACGUGCUGGUGUGUCCAAAGCGGCGGCACCAGCGGCUGACGGAGCUGUCGGCGGCGGAGCUGACGGACCUGUUUGGCGCAGUGCAGCGGGUCGAGCGGAUGCUGGCGCGGCAUUACUUCCCCACCACCACUCCAUCUUCUCUAAUCCCAGCAUCCCCGAGCGACGGCUCCUUCAACAUCGCGCUGCAGGACGGGCCCGAGGCCGGUCAGACGGUCAGCCACGUGCACGUGCACGUGAUCCCGCGGAUCCGCGGGUCGACGGCCAAGGCGGCCGAGACGCCGACCGACGAGCUGUACGAGCGCAUGGCCGACGAGGACGGGAACGUGGGUGGCGCCCACUGGGACCGCGAGUUCUUUCCCCCCACCGCCGCCGGCUACCGCCCCCGCCCCGGCGGCAAGUUCCCCGCUAUCGAGGAUUGCGACCGCAGGCCGCGGUCCAUGGCUGAGAUGGAGGCCGAGGCCGCCGUCUUUCGCCGCGCCCUGGCCGACAUGGACGCCGAGCUGGUC